CAGUUAAGGCUUCACAACCUCCGUUCCAAACCACCAUGUCGGUCGUCUCUCUCCUCGGCGUCAAGAUUGUCAACAAUCCCGCCCCCUUCACAGCGCCCUACCAAUUCGAGAUCACCUUCGAAUGCCUUGAACAACUCCAAAAAGAUCUGGAGUGGAAGCUCACCUACGUCGGUUCUGCCACCUCCUCCGAAUAUGACCAAGAGCUCGAUUCGCUACUCGUGGGCCCCAUCCCGGUGGGCGUCAACAAGUUCAUCUUCGAAGCCGACCCGCCGGACCUGAAGCGCAUCCCCACCUCAGAGAUCCUGGGGGUCACCGUCAUCCUCCUCACCUGCAGCUACGACGGUCGGGAGUUCGUGCGGGUGGGAUACUACGUGAACAACGAGUACGAUUCGGAGGAGCUCACCGCCGACCCGCCUGCCAAGCCCAUCAUCGAGCGCAUCCGUCGCAACAUCCUGGCGGAGAAGCCGCGUGUCACUCGAUUUGCGAUCAAGUGGGACUCGGAUGAAUCUGCCCCCGCCGAAUACCCCCCCGACCAGCCGGAUGCCGACCUCGUCGACGACAGCAACACAUACGGUGCGGAGGAGGCCGAGCUGGAGGCCGCCCUGGUCAAGGAGCUUGAGGAAGCGGAGCGAACGGAUCCCUCCCGCGGCGAGGACCAGGACAUGGAAGGCGGGGAGGCCACCGCCGGGGACGAGGAGGACAUCUCCGACGCGGAGAGUGAAGACAUCGAGGACGAGAGUGACGACGACGAGGAGGAGCUCGACGAGGAAGAGGGCGGCGACGGCGACGAGGACAUCGAGAUGGGCGAUGACUCGGAACCCAAAGAUGAGGCGGCCGGCGGCGCCAGCAACAACCCCACUACCCACCAUCAGCCGGAACUGAUGGUCCACUAGUGACCGUUCCCUCUUGCUUUGAACCCUUCUCCAUGGAUUGUGUGUGUGUGCGUGUGGGCUUGGGCGUGAGAGUCGUUGCUCUAUUCUUUGCUUCUACUUGGUAUCCUUCGAAAUGAUUUUACGAUUGGGUUUGCGACGUGCUUCUUUUUCGAUGAUACAUCUUAUCAUAUCAUAUUCCCAUUCAACCCAAAAAAGGUUCCGCAGUAUUUAUUUGACAUAGAAAGAACCAAAACCAUAAUUUGACCU